AUACAUUUGGUUAUGAUUAUAAAGGACAAACAUGUGUCUCUUUUUCCCACAGGAGUUGGAAUGAGCCCACUGGAUGUCCACAAUUACGACUUCCAUUCCAUUCUUGGGCAAGGAGGAUUCGGCAAAGUUAUGUUGGCUACAUUUGCCAACCAGCACGUGGCCAUGAAGGUGAUCAAGAAGAGUCCGAAAUGCAAUUACAGCAGCAUCCGGAUAGAAGCCAGUGUGCUCAUGAUGCCUCAUGAAAGCCCAUUCCUGUGCCAAGGUUAUGCGGCUUUUGAAGCUCAGGUAUAGAACUGGGACAAUAUUGGCAUUUAU